ACCAUUUUAUAACCACUCUUCACUCACUUCUCCAAACCACUUCCAAAUCCUCCCUCCCUUUCUUUUUCUCUCCAAGCAACUAUGGAGAAGAAAAGAAGCAACAAUGCUUCUCUUACCAUGUUCACAAUGUUGGUUGCAUUGGUUUCUCAAAACCUUGUUAUUGUUCCUGUAAUAGCCAACACUCAAGCAGGAAGUUCUCCCUCAGAUUUAUCUACUGAACUAUGUUCACAUAGUCCACCAUCUCACCACUCUGGAGGUGGUUGUGGUAGCAGUGGCACUCCACCCUCUAGUGGGUCUUCACCUUCUCACGGUCACGGUCACGGUCAUAGUCAUCAUGGCCAUGGCCAUGGUCAUGGAUCAUCAUCACCCCCUUCAGGCAGUGGAAGUUACAAUCCAACUCCAUCACCACCGUCAGGUGGUGGAAGUUACAGUCCAACCCCAUCAACUCCUACACCAUCACCACCCUCAGAUGGUGGUGGAAGUUCUGAUCCAACCCCAUCAACUCCCCCAAAUUGUGAUCCAACCCCAUCACCCGGUGGUGACGGAAGUUACAGUCCAACCCCGUCAACUCCCACCCCAUCACCACCAUCAGAUGGUGGUGGAAGUUACAAUCCAACACCAUCAACUCCAACCCCGUCACCACCAUCAGGUAGUGGAAGUUACACUCCGACCCCGUCAACUCCUACCCCAUCACCACCCUCAGAUGGUGGCGGAAGUUCUGAUCCAACCCCAUCACCAGGUGGUGAUGGAAGUUACAAUCCAACACCGUCAUCUCCCCCGUCCGGUGGAAGUUAUGAUCCAACCCCAUCACCACCCACUGAUGGAAGUUACACUCCAACUCCAUCGACACCCCCAGCUAGCGACUGUCCACCCUCAGACCCUACAAGCCCGACAACACCCUCGGCCCCAACACCAUCAACACCGUCAAACCCUCCCUCAGGAGAUGGAGGGUACUAUAACUCACCACCACAAGAUCCUACAAGCCCAACAACACCCUCAACUCCAACAACGCCAUCAAACCCACCAUCAGGAGGCUACGACUCACCACCAUCAGACCCUAUAACCCCAACAACACCAUCAAACCCUCCAUCAGGAGGCUACGACUCACCACCAUCAGACCCUAUAACCCCAACAACACCAUCAAACCCUCCAUCAGGAGGCUACGACUCACCACCAUCAGACCCUAUAACCCCAACAACACCAUCAAACCCUCCAUCAGGAGGGUACUAUAACUCACCACCACAAGACCCUAUAACCCCUACAACACCAUCAAACCCUCCGUCAGGAGGCUACGACUCACCACCAGCAGACCCUUUAACCCCAACAACACCAUCAAACCCACCAUCAGGAGGCUACGACUCACCACCAUCAGACCCUAUAACCCCAAUAACACCAUCAAACCCCCCAUCAGGAGGGUACUACAACUCACCACCACAAGACCCUAUAACCCCAACAACACCAUCAAACCCUUUAACCCCAACAACACCAUCAAACCCUCCAUCAGGAGGGUACUACAACUCACCACCAACUUAUGGAAGUGGUAGCCCCCCGAUCGAUCCUGGCACCCCAUUGACCCCCACUUUCCCCACACCACCUUUCCUUCCUGCACCAUCUCCCACUGGUACUGGUACAUGCAACUACUGGAAUACUCACCCACAACUCAUCUGGGGAUUACUAGGCUGGUGGGGAACCUUAGGCAAUGUUUUUGGUGUGCAUAGUCUGCCAGGACUCGGUGCAAGUCUCAGCAUUCCACAAGCACUUUCCAACACAAGAACUGAUGCACUCGGAGCACUUUACAGAGAAGGUGCAGCUUCUUAUCUUAACUCCCUGGUGAACAACAAGUUCCCUUACACAACUGAUCAAGUCAGAGACAGAUUUGUAGCAUCACUCAGCUCAAAUAAGGCUGCAGCAACACAAGCACGUCUUUUCCAGAUGGCCAAUGAGGGGAAAAUUAAGCCUAGAGCAUGAUCUAAUUAGUUUGGUUUAUGUAUAAGUUUAUUGAGUUUGCUUCCGUAUAUUAUAUUUAAGACUUCUGCUAAGGCUGUUUUGCAUUAGGUACUUACUUAUCAUGUGUUAAUUUACCCUAUGAUGGAUUCAGUGUACUGUACAACUUCAUGUUAAUUAGCAUUUAUAUAUGGUUCCUAAGUUUUGAAUAAAGUUAAUAUUUUGCUGCUAUGGUAA